GUUCCAUUGCCAAUUAAGAUAAACUAUAUAUGCAAUAUAAAGACGUGAGUACCAAGUGUAGACGAACUUUAAUUUGUUGGAGAAGGCCUGACAAGCUUAUAGGUCUUCUCUAUAACAACAGUCCUCUGGUUCAAGUUGAUGAUCAAUCUUCAGUAUUUCAUUCAAACAAAACCAACUUGAAGUUCAAUCUGCAGCCAACCAGAAAGAGAUUCCAAAGGGUGAUGAUGAAUAAAAGAACAAGAUGUUUUCUAAUUUUCUUCUCUCUUGUACUUACUGUUCAAGCACAAGAUCAAUCAGGUUUCAUAAGCUUGGAUUGUGGACUAUCAGCAAAUUCUACCUACAUAGGAUCAACAACAAAUAUCACAUACAUUUCAGAUGCAGCAUAUAUAAACAGUGGUGAAAGCAAAAACAUAGAAUUAGACAAAAACAGCUAUGAGCAACAUCUAUGGUCCCUUAGAAGCUUCCCGGAAGGUACCAGGAACUGUUACAACAUAAGCAACAUUACUAGUGGCACCAAAUAUUUAAUUCGAGCAAGCUUCUUGUAUGGUAAUUAUGAUGGGUUAAGAUCAAUGCCAGUCUUUAAUCUCUACUUCGGAGAUAGCUUGUGGGUCACCGUGAAUAUUACAUUACAAGCAUUUAUAUUCACCUAUGAAAUCAUUCAUAUUCCAUCAUCAAACAGAGUGCAUAUCUGCCUGAUUAAUGUAGGAGUCGGAACACCUUUCAUUUCUGCAUUGGAAUUUAGACCUUUGCCAAACUAUACUUACCCAACAGAACAUGGGUCCUUCUCACUUUUUGCUCGAUUGGAUAUUGGUUCGACAUCAAACAUCUCAUACAGGUUCCCUUACGAUGUUUUUGAUCGGAUUUGGCAUCCCUCUAAUAAUGAUAAAUAUUUUGAUCGAUUAAAUACCUCUAGUAUAGUAGAUGUCAAUCACACAGAGAACCAACCAGCAGCAGUUGUCAUGGGAACUACUAUUAUCCCUAAAAAUGUGAGCAGAUCUUUUUCUCUUAUGUGGGAGUCAACUGAUGAAAAUACUCAAUAUUAUGUAUAUCUCUAUUUUGCUGAGCUGAUAAAGCUUCAUCGACGCAAACAAUUUAGAGGCUUCAACAUCAAUCAUAAUGGAAAAUAUUGGAAGGGCCCUGUUAUUCCUAAAUAUUUGAACACAAGCAGCAUUUAUGACAUCAAACCAUUGGAAUUCCCAGAAAAGCAACACAGCUUAACAUUUACUCGAAUUGAAAAUUCAACACUUCCUCCAAUCUUUAAUGCUGCAGAAAUUUAUUCCAAAAUUGAGAUCUCAGAAUUAGAAUCAGAUCAAGGAAAUGUGGAUGCAAUCAGAAAAGUAAAGUCAACUUAUGGAGUAAUCAAAGAUUGGGAAGGAGAUCCGUGCAUCCCAAGAAAACAUCCUUGGAGUGGUGUAGGUUGCAGUAAUGAGUCAAUCCCAAGAAUAAUAACAUUGAACUUGUCAUCCAGCGGUCUGACAGGUGAUAUAUCUCCUUAUAUAUCCAAUCUUACGGCCUUGCAAACUCUGGACUUGUCAAACAACAGCUUAACUGGAAAACUGCCCGAUUCUUUAUCCAAAUUGUCAAACCUCAAAGUCCUAAAUUUGGAGAACAAUAAUCUCUCAUGUCCAAUUCCACUUGAGCUCAUAAGAAGAUAUAAUGAUAGUUCACUAUCAUUAAGUGUGAAAGGUAAUCCUAAUCUGGAAUGCACAAACAAGGAAGUGGUGGUGAAGGAGAAGAAGGAGAAGAACAAAGUUGUGAUUCCAGUAGUAGCAUCAAUUGGUGGCUUGCUGUUAAGUGUCAUAAUUGCAGGGACUGUUUUCUGGAUUGCUAGAUCAAAAGGAAAACGACAGGGUAAAGAUGCCUUGGAGAUAGAUCAUCCAGAAACCAACAUUAACGUUAGUGGCAGUUCUUUGGGAACUAGAAGACGGCAGUUUACUUAUACUGAAGUUGUAAGAGUGACCAACAAUUUUGUGAGGAUUCUUGGUAGAGGAAGUUCUGGAGCAGUUUACCAUGGAAUGAUUGAUGAUAUUCAAGUGGCUGUGAAGAUGCUAGCUCCAUCAGCAAUACAAGGCCACGAUCAAUUCAAAGUAGAGGAAUGUACUUUACAUAUAGUUACAGUUAUUCUUGAUGUUCACCACAGAAACUUAACAAAUCUUGUAGGGUAUUUGAGCGAAGGAACUCACCUUGGCCUAAUUUUUGAGUACAUGCCCAAUGGAAGUUUAGCACAGCACCUUUCAGAGAUAAGUUCAAAUGUCAUAAGUUGGGAAGAUAGACUCCGAAUAGCAAUGGAUGCAGCUCAAGGACUAGAAUACUUGCAUGAUGGUUGUAAACCACCAAUAAUCCAUGGAAAUGUAAAACCAACAAACAUCUUGUUGACUGAAAAUUUUCAAGCUAAACUUUCUGACUUCAGUGUUUCCAAGAGCUACCCAACAAAUGAUAAUACCAGUUACCUUGACCCGGAGUACACAACAUCAAACAGGCUAAGCCCAAAAAGUGAUGUGUACAGCUUCGGCCUUACUCUGUUGGAGAUAGUGUGUUGCAAACCAAUGAUAUCGAAAUCCCAAGGCCAGGAUUCGGUUCAUAUAAUUAAAUGGGUCGGUUCCAUGAUUGCAAAAGGUGAUUUUAGAAGUAUAGCAGACCAAAGAUUAAAAGGAGAAUAUAACAUAACCUCUGUCCGAAAAGCGGUGGAAGUAGCAAUGGUUUGUGUAUCAGGGAAUUCUGAGAGAAGGCCAACAAUGAAUCAGGUGGUGGCAGAAUUGAAAAGUUGCUUGGCUAUAGAAUUAAGUAGAAGGCCGAACAGUCAGCCUCCUUAUUCAACAGAGUCCAUUGAGAUGACAUCCAUUGUCAUGGCUUUGCCUUCUCAGUCAAGUCCCAUGGCGAGGUGAAAUUCGCUGGACGAUCAUCUCCCUCUUCAUCGAUUGUUUGAUUAAAGCUUUUCGUUACAGAAUUUAUCUAAGUCAUCAGAUUUUUUUAUCAUUUGGCUGUUGAAACUUGAAACGUACAAAUUGUGGCCUUUCAUCUCCAAUAGAAAUUUCUCUGGUCGGUAGAAAACAUGGAAAUAACUAUGCUCUAAUUGCUUCGUCUUAAGGGAUGUUGAAUGUGCAAUGUAAAUGAACUGAUUCCAGUAUUGAUUUCAUUCUUAAUAUCCAUUGUCAUCCUCGCUAAUUUUGGACAAUUGAUGCCGUAAGCACAUAUAAAACCUUGCGUUAACGUGUUUAAAUAUAAAGCUAACCAUAACCAAUCUAAAAGAUUUUUGAAGUAUCUACGAAAUGACAUAUAAGUAUAAAUUAAUUUUUUUUUUAUGAGGACAACUUUUUAUUGAGAAAAAAAUGAAAGAAGGUACGACGUACAAAAAAACAAACUCACAAAAAGGGGAAGACACCCUCUACAAGAAGAGACUGCAAAUAUACCAAAUCAAGUCAGAAAAAUUACAAAAAUCCUUUGAAAUCAAGGCCCAAGGAAAACAUAAAAACACACUAGAGACCACAUUUCUCUAGCAUCCCUCUCAACCCCCUAAACAGUUUGCUAUUCCUCUCACCCCAAAGCACCCACAUAAUAGCAUAAACACUAGCAUGCCAAAGAAAACAACCUCGCUUCCCAAAUAGCAGAUUGAGGAGGAACUCCUUGAUCAUAUCUCUAACACCUCUGUGACGAACACACAUCAUGUCAAACUUCUGAAAAAAGAAUCCCAAACCAGGCUAACAAAAUCACAGUGUCAAAGAAUAUGAUCCAAGUCUUCCUCCGCCUUCUGGCAGAGGAUAUAGUUGAAAGACCCAAUCAUCAACGACAUCUUCCUCGCAAGCAUAUCCAACGUAUUAAUACAGUCGUGAAGAACCUCCCAAGUGAAGAAUCUCGCCUUUCUAGGAACAUUAAUCCUCCACAACAACGAAAAAAACAAACUCGCUCGUAGGAGAAGGGUUAACUAAACAUUGGAAGAAAGACUUACACGAGAA